AUGGCGUGCAGCGACGGUGACGGCCGCUUGUUGACCUGGCAGGUCCUCCUCGCCAUCUCCAUGGUUCUCAUCCCCGAGUCCGCUCACGGGAAGCAUUUGAUGACCAGGCGUCAUCACCACCGCAACCAGUCAUCCAUCAACCAGGAAGCCUUGAAUGCCAGAAUGGUGCUCAGUGAUGACUCAGCAGAGAGAGACCACCUGAUAGAAGCGGGGCACCCCACUUUCCCCAAGCAUCACCGCUCCCACAAACAGGUCCAUCUAAAUCCAGAUCCCGCGGGGGAGGAGUUGACUGCGGGAGGAGCAGGACCGGAUCAGCCCGGGAACCCCUUGUCUGAUGACAUUAUCACCGUGGAGUUCCACCGCUCGGCGCCGGAGAUUGCGUCAUCGGAUCUUGAUCCUAACGGAGCCAAAAUUCCAAAACCCCAAAAGCAAAAAGGAGGCGACCCCACAGCUUGGACGUUCUCUGAUUUUUACGACUACCUGUCGCCUGAUGACGACCUCUCGGCGUCCGCCCCCACCCAAGAGCCCGAGCCCUCCCCUUCGGCCCCGGCCGACAUGGAGGAUGAGAAUCCCCUCUUGGCCGGUGCUCCCAUCAAUGUGAAGCCUCCAACAGAGAACAAACCGGCUUCACCCGCCCAGCCAUUGCCCGAGCCGGACAACAGCGAGGACUUGAGUUUGGGCGGCGCCAUGGGGAGCGACGGGUGCAGGCUGGGCUUCGUGCGCUCUGGUCCCGGGAUGUGUGUGUCCCAGUGUGACGUUGAACCCAAUUUCUGCUUCAAUGAAGGAGUGUGCACUGUUGUGGCGGGGGUGGGCGCUUUCUGCAGGUGCAAUGUGCAGGACUACAUCUGGAACAAAGGCACGCGCUGCGAUUGGGCCAUCACCGAGUUCCAGGUGAUGAGCACGGUGGUGGGCGUGGCGUCCAUAGCGCUCCUCCUUCUCUUCAUGAUUGUCGUGUUCUUCGCCAAGAGGCUGCACCGCCUCAAGAACGAGAACAAACGACUUCGCAAACGCAGUAAGUACCGUCCGCAGAGCUCCGAGCCGCAGACGGACGGCCUCUCGGUUUCGACCACAGCUGACGGCUCGCAGCCAAACGUAAGGAAAUUGUGCGACUCCCCAGCGCCCGUGCCCCAAGCUCACACUCACAACCUGGCGUACUAUGACAACAUUAUCUGUCAGGACGACCCCCAGAAGCAGGAGGACCCCGCCAAGUCCCCCCAACCUAAGGAGGAGGGCGCCAUGAACAUCCUCAACUCGCAUUCCCCCAAACACGAGAACAACCGGCCAAACUCUGUGGUCCACGACCACAGCCGCAGCCCCAACAACACAGACGACACCGCCGAGGUAAACGCGCUCCCCAACAACCUGGUAUGAAAAAAUCAAAACGCACCCGCCUGGAGCACCCGAGAGAGCACACACGCCAGUGAGUUUAACAUUGUUUACACCUUGCAAAGAGCACACUGUGUAUCCUUUAAAGUAUAAUCAAGCCCACCCCCGAGUCAAAGUCAGCACACACUAAGUCCAAGGAUACAUGUUUACAAGGCUUCAAUGUCCACACUGAUUACAUAGUGCCCCCCCCCACCCCCCGCCCCCAUCUCAUUUCUUUCCUCUAUCCACUUUGAACUAAUGACUGACCUUUCCUCGCUACUGACGCCCCUGCCUUGGCCUUUGGCCAAUGAACUCCAACGUCCAUUGUCUCCCAUUCUGCCCCCCCCCCCACGCCCCCUCACCUGUGCUCGGCCUCACCUAACCGCCCCGCACCGCUCGCAUGCAUUGGUGUUUAUCAAAGUGAAGUGUCUGAAAAUAUUUGCAAAAGGUCGCAUAAAAAAAGUGGAAAUUAAGUGGAUCUGUGCUUGCGACUUUUUCAUGUUCGCCAUCGCUAAUAAGUGUCUAGAUUUAAAUGACGUCAAAGUAUUUGCUCGAGUCAAUAUUGGAAUCUAUAUAUAUGAAACACGCUGUGUCUUGGUUUUCAAUGUGAUUUCUAAUACUUUUAUGUACUUGAGGUUCUUUUUGUACUUUUUUGGAGCUAUACAUGGAAGAGUAUAGUUAACAG